GUCAUGAAUCUCUAUGACUGGGUCAUUUUGAGGAAAUAAAUUGUUAUUAACCAGUCACAAAACCCUUUGAAUCAAGGUUUUCAAACAAUCAAAAGUUUGUGUUUGGUCUGUUUGUCACAUAUUAAUUUGAGUCCGAAAGGUGGCUGUAUUCAACUGUUUCUGAUUCUACAAUCGCCUUGGGCCACCAGAGAAGAAGAAUUUUGAGAUUCCGCGGUGGCAUUGUUUGGUUUUAAAGUGAAACGGAGAAUCAAAACGGACACUUAAUUUCAAAUAAAAAUGUUUUAUAGCAAAUAUAAAGACAAUUCUGUCGUCUGCUCUAACAAGUGAGAGGAAGGAAAACACAAGAAUGGGCAAACAGGCCCCAUCUGUCUACGCAGCCAAGAUAAAGACGAAAAUUCACAACACAUCAUCAUUUUUCAAGCUCUCUUUGAAAACCAACAACAAGGCUCUUGCCCUAGCUCUGGUUGCUCAGAAGCAGAGAAGCAGAGAGCUGGAGAUGGAUGUUGUGCGGCUGAGGAAAGAUGUACAGGCUCUUAAUUUUGAUCUUGCCUUUCAGCGUCAUAAAAACAAACAAUUGUUCACCAUUAUACGUGAGUUUUAUGACUCUUCCCUUAACUGGAUGACAAAGGCAGUGGAUAUUUUUUCUAAUGAGGAAGUUCCAGAAAGUAUGGAUUCAGAACACAGCAGCACUGAAGAUCAAAUGUGUGAAACUGAGGCAGAGGUUGGAAGUUUGCAAGUACCUAGAAAAGACAAUCCAACAUUGCGUCCACAACAGCACUAUAUCACACCUGAACCUGUGAAUACAGCUGUGGUCAAUGCACAUCUACUUUUCCAUUGUUCUAAAAAAGGCAAAGAGAGGCCUCUCACCCCAGAGAGGGACAAUCCGACGCAGCAAAAUACCCUAUAUGAUGCUGAAAUGGAGAUGACCAUUACUGAAAGUGGUGCUGAAAUAGUGACGGUUGAAACAAACAUGAGAAGAAAUUCUAGAGUUAUGGAAGCACAUCAGGAAAAGAAGGAUUUGUGUCUAUUGGAAAAGAGUAGCGAGAGUAGAUCUGCAGAGGAAGAAGCACCAAUUGAAUUUGGUCGAUCAAAUACUGCAGCUGUGCCACAAGCAAUAACCAAUGCAACACAGCAUUGCUCUCCUGCUUUCCAGAAUGAGGAAGAGCAUUUUCAGGAAAGAGAUAAUUGUUGGAUUGGAGAUACUGAAUCAGUAAGGAAAACUCAUGUCACCUCUCGUCAUAUUACAAGUAGCCGGCGCACAUGUAAACGGACAAACCCAGAUCCAAGGAAAACGUACCUAAUCUCCCAAGAUUCCCCAGAUGACAUUUUAAGUGAUUGUUUUAGUGAUCUUGAGGUUCAGAAUUCUCAAAGAAGCAAGGCAAUUCCUUGGGAUGGAAAUCUUUCAAGCAAAGCUGCUACAAAUAAUGCAAAGGAAGCUCAUGCUACCCAGGAACCCAAGAGUCAAAAUGAAAAUAGCAGGAGAACAUAUAUAGUUCAAGAUGAGCUAAGACCUCAGAAGAGAAAGAAGACUCAAAUCUCAUCCUUUACUAUGGAUCAUAGUUUAUUGAAUGCACAGGAAGAUGUUGAAUCAGCCAGUACUGUAUGCCCAGAGGCUGUUGCUACUGAUAUGCAUGUCCGUGAGACCACAGUCAAAGUUAAAAAACAUGCAAACAAAACACUAGCACAUCUACUUCCUCAGUACAAAGAAUGCAACACACGGAAAAGCAGAGGAAAAUUUGUUACACAAGCAAGUGAAUCAUUUGUCACCAGGAAUUCAACAGACAUUUUGAAUGAAAGCAUAUUAGAGGAUGCCAACAGACCAGAAGUUUCAGAGGAAUUAGCAUCAGAAAUCCAAAUGAUCCCUCAAGUUAUCUGUUUAGAUGGCAUUGCAGAACAGCAGAUAGAGCCAGAGGCUGUUCCUUACAAGAUAUCAGGGGGAAACAUCGAUUCAGAAUGUUUACAUGAUGUUCAUAACCUUUUAAAGGAAUCAUCUGAAUUUCCAUCAUUAGUGCCCAGUAAAGCUAAAAAACACAGAAAAGAGGUGAAAGAUAAAGUAACAAAGAGGAAUGCUACAGGAAGAGCCAAAUCUAAAGCAGGAACAAAGAAACAGUGGAAUAAUUGUACACUAAGUAGUUAUGGAAAUUUGGCAACUGAAAGGCAAGAUGUGAUUGAUCUUCAGAAUGGAGGAGAAUGCAGUUCUUCCUCUCAUACCUUGCAACUAACAGGGAUGUCUCAUUGUUCUGCCUCAGAGGAGGACCUCAGGAAUGAACAUCAUGCUAAAACCCAUAAAAGAAACACUGACAUAAGUGCAAGCACCCCAUCCUCCAUUGACAAGGCUGAUCAGGCUAACCAUAUCAACAUGGAUGAUCUUUGCAUGAAUCUGGAUGAGACUGACCAGGGACAUGAGAGCAGGUGCAGGAAAACAUCCAUAAUUUCAUCUUGUCAUAAUUCACCUGGUAAACAAUCGAGUGGCAGUGGGGCUUCCAGCUGCUUUUCUGAAGAUCAUGUACGCACAAAUGGAUCAGAUGAAGUUUUACCUGUAAUGGCUUCAGAUAGUUUUAAUGGGCACAUGAAGGACCAAAGCCUUCAGUUCACAGAGGAGAGGCCUCCCUGGGAGUCUCUUGGUGGGUACCCUGAAAUGCUCUCAGAUGAGAGCUCUGCUCACAGCCCUCAACAAAAGGCCCACUCUCAAACCAUGAACAUUUGUCAAGACCAGGAGUUGAACUUGAUGCACCAACCUCCAGUAGAAGACAGGGUUAUGAAGAGUCUAACAAAUAAAGACUGGAAUGUUAGCUCUGAUUUUGGCAGAACGCGAAGAAGAGCAGCACCAGUCUCUUACAAAGAACCCACACUCAGCUGCAAAAUGAGGCGUGGGGACAAAUACACUGAUACAAAGUUCUUGAAUUCUCCUGUGUUCAAAGACAAAAAGAAGAAGAAGCGAACUCAAGAAAAAGGAGUGAUCUCCCAAUGACUUAUUUACAUCGUUUUUUUAUUUUGUAUUUAUUUUGUGUCUGCUUUUAUUCACGUUUUGUCAUUUAUUUUGAUAUAGUACACGUUUAAUAGAUUGAUCUUAAGAUAAACAGUUUUAACAAUUUUUGGCUGCACAUUUCAGCUCAGUUUCAAUCUCAUACACUUAGUAUGAGAAAAUAUUGUUUUUUGAAUUUUAGAUGUUGAUAUUUAUUUCAAUGAUUAAUAAAGAGAAACUGCACUUUUUGUAGUUUAUUUUUAAAACUUGUCUCUGCUUGCCAACCAUAUUGUAGUUUUUAUACUUGCAUCUCAUAGAAGACAGCAAUGUUCAUGACCUCUGCUAUUCUCUGAUCAAGAUUAAGAUGGCAAGAUGCACCUUUUUGUUAUAUACCUUGGCACUGGCUAACAGUGUUUAAGUGAUUGACUGACUGAAUGAAUAAUUUAGAGUAGACUGUUCACCUGAGAUGACUACUGUUCUAAGAGCAGCUGUAGAAUUGUCUGUUCAACCACUUUAUAUUGCAGUCUCAAAGCGAACCAGAACGUCUGAUAUUUACAGUGCAUCCGGAAAGUAUUUACAGCGCUUCACUUUUUCCACAUUUUGUUAU